GCCCUGCGCUUUUUAUCCGUGGCCAUGAUCCUACCGUGCUCAGUCCACCCACGACCCGUCAAGAGGCGCGCCUAAUUUCCCUUCUCCCCCCCCUUCUGUAGAAUGGAUCCUUCCUCGAAGGGCACCGGCCUGGCGCCUCCCCCUUUUCGCUUCAGAAGGUGGAAGGUGCCCUGGUUCCCCGUUGCCAUGGGGAUGGCGCAGCUGGCUUCUGCGCGUCUGUCUCUCCCUGGAAGCGCGGCGGGGAGGAUUCGAGGUCGCCGAAGGAACUAGGCGGCUGGAGGGGAGGAGCUGAUCUUUCUCUCUGUUUCUGCCGCGCCUUCGGUUGUUUCCUCCGGUUCUCCCUCUGGUGUCUGGGCUGGCAAAAAUUGGGCUUUGUGGAUGCAGCAGCGGGAAGGCAGGCAGAAAUCCAACAGACAAAGCUUUCUUCCUCACUGGUAUCUUCAUUCCUGGAAGACGAUUGCGGGCUUCUGAGCCUGUAUAUUUUGACAGGUUUUUGUGUGCGAUUUGGCAAUCAUGAAUGUGAAUGACUUUGUGAUACUCCCUGGUUCAAAAACUGGACUCUCUGUAAAACUGAAGGAAAAAAGUGUACGAGAGUUGCAGUUGCAGAAGGUGCAGCUGGAGCUUGAAAACAAGGAGAUGGAGAAGAAAUUGCAGCAACUGCAGUCAAACAUGAGCAGAGAAAAGCAAGAGCGAGAACGAGCAAAUGGAUAUCACUGGAGGUCUGGCCAGUCUGGGCUGAGCCCACCAAUCCAGCUAUUGUCACAAAACAAAGAGAAUGUUGGAAAGAUUUCUUCAGGCAAAGUAAAACUGAGACUACUCAAAGAACAAGUACAAGCUCCAGAGCCAGCUAAGCAGCCUCUUACACAUAAAGCAGCGAAUACUGCAUCCACUGAAAAGCCGCGAGUGAAGGGGAAGGUGUGUGGUCAGUGUGAGACGAAGGCAGCGUUGCUGGUAUGUUUAGAGUGUGGCGAAGACUACUGUCCUAGCUGCUUUGCCAGAGUCCACCAGAAGGGGGCACUGAAGCUCCAUAGAACGACCUCUUUGCAGGCAAAAGUACACAUCCCAGUUGGAAAACUGGAGGCUGCUCAGCGGUUCCUGAAAAGAAUAAAUGUUGAUAAAUUUAAUGGUCAGAUGAAUAAUGAGCAGGCGGAAAUGAAUAGUAUGUUGAAAGAUUCAUUAGACACUGCAUUACCAUUACCAGAAAUGCCAAUGUAUGAUACUGAGAUUGAGAAAACUUCUACAGUACCGACAGAGGUAUGGCCAGAGAGCCAGAUUGGCUGUUUACUGCAUGGAACCUAUGAUGAAGAAGAAUCAGCAAAGUCUUUUCAGGAAGCUCUAAAUCAAUGGAGAAGUGGAAGUCCCUCUCUGAAACUUAAGGAAGAACGUGCUUGUCAGGUUGGAUCAGAAAAUAUAGGUACUUCUGAGGCACAGACAAGUCCUCCUAUCCUGAAAAAAAAUAUUGAUAUUGAAUUCAAAGAAGAUAGCUUGAAGUAUAUGGAAAGGCUCCUGCUCAAAAAGCAUAGAAGAACUCCAGUUGAUAAAUUGCCAGAUGUUGUUAUAGAAGGUGAGCUGAAUCUUGAAAAACCGUUGACAAAUGAAACUCCUGAUUCCUGGGUGAGGGAAGAGGAGGAGGAGGAGGAAGACGACGACGAAAUAGCAACUGCUCGUUUAGAAGCUGAAGAAAUGAAAAAAUGCUGGGUAGUUAUUGCCAGACCAGAGGAGCCUGGGGCAGUUUUUGUGAACUCUGAGCCCUCUUUCCAAAUCAAGAUCCUUGACAAUGAUUGCAAGGAGGAGCUGGAAGAAUCUGUUAAUUUUGUCGUUAUGGAAGCUGGAUCUGAUGAGUUCCUUGAUGACCAUAGUGGUACCAUGUCAGAAAAUCUGAAAAACGGACCAGACAUUUUUCUGGCACAAGCUGGCGAUUUUACCUCAAGGUCACCACUUUCUUCUUCAGUUGAGAAAGAAAAUGGUUUAACUUUUCUUCAUAAUAAACGUGAAGAAACUCCUAGAGCUAACAUUUCUUCCAUGCAGCCUGAAAGAACUGGUACUCUUUGUAGCCAUUCUGGUGUGGAAGAAAUGGUUCCCAACACUCCUUAUGAAAGAGCUGUAAUGAAAGAAAAAAGCACUAAAACACAAAAUAACAGCACUCUCCUAUCAUCUGAGCAGACCUCUCGCCUUCCUGAAUUACCUCCUAGUGAACCUUUCCCAAUGAUGGAAUUGCUGAAAGACUGCAAGAUCUCCCUGGAGUUGAAUGAAGCUGCACCAGUAACUACCAAGUCCUCAGUGUUGUUACAGGAGGUAGCCCUCAGGAAGAAAAUUGUAUGUGCCCCAUACAGAGGACUUGAGGGGUUCUUUACAAUGGAUGCAAGUUCUCAGCAAGCCGUGAUGGACUCUCUUCCUUCACCAUGCAUGGGCAGGCAGUCUGCAAGCAAUGACACUUCAUUUUCAGCUUUAGGGUCUGAACAAUGGACGAUGCACUUCAGCUUUAGUGAAUUUGCUGAGGAGGCUGUAGUGCAAGAUGUCUUGAAAAGGGAGCUCAACAGACCGAGUAGACUGGGAAGGCGAAACCCAGCUCCUAGAGCUUCUCUGUCAGAUUCGUCCAGUGAAAGCGCUUCUCCAAGGUCUUUCCCCACAACCAUUCCCUGCUGCAGAACCAUUCAGCACAGCCCUCGCCCUUCUCCAGUCCUUCAGAGAGGACCCACAAGCCCAGUGAGUGGGCCUCUCUCUCGAGCAGCAUCUGAGAUUUCAGAAAUUGAAGGCAUUGAUGUCACAGAGCAUGAUGAUCCCCUUCUGGAGUAUAGCACUGAUGAACAAGCUUUAACAGAUUUAGAAAGUGAAUUGCAAAGUAAUGCGGAUCCUCUGGAAAAAUUCAAUGGCUUGACCUCUGGAGACUUAUCUGCCUUCACUAGACAUUCAAAGAUGACAAGUCAAAAUCUUACAGAUCUCCAUAACCAUGAAAUAAAUGACUACAGUAGUGUUGAUACUAUAAGAGUUUAUGAUGAAAGCCAUACAGAUGAUGAGGAAGACCUCUUGAGGGACAAACAGCAGGUGAUAGAAUUACAAUGAAAAUCAUCAAGAAUCCAACCUGACAAGAUCUUUUCUUUGCUUUUCUUAAAAUAAUCCAACCACAGUGUCGGUCCUGAGCACAGCGGGAUUAACUGAGCUCAUGCGAAAGCAAAUCUCAAGUAAAUAAAGUAUACAUUGAUGAAAAACAAAUAAAAA